GAUGAAAUAUACAGAACAAAGUUAUUGUUUUUGUAUACAAAAAAAAAAAAUGUAGUGAGAAUGCCUUGAGUUGAGGGUGCUGCAACUGCAACUAUACUAUACAAUUUCCGUUCCAAUGGGCGAUGAUGAUAACGUUCAGACAAAACGACGCAAUCAAACACGUCGUUCGAGGACGCGUCAUGGAAACCGUCGUCAAAACGACACCGUUUCGACUCAAUCGGUGCCCGAAACUGCCGCCAAUAAUCCAACGCCGAUUUUGCCGGACGAAAUCAUUAGCGAGAUCCUCGUAAGGGUUCCAGUGAGAUCCCUACUUCAAUUCAGGUGCGUUUGUAAAUCAUGGAAAACCCUAAUCUCCGAUCCCCAUUUCGCAAAGAACCAACUUCAACUGUCAACCGAGUAUCCACAAUUGUUCUCUCAUUACUUCUCUAGAGUGCAGUGGAAAAUCAUUUCUUACGAUGUGGAGUCAUUGUUGGAAAACCAAUCAAUUCGUUCAAACCCUAUUGAACCCUAUACCUUCACCAUGAUGCAAAAUUACCAGGUUAUAGGUUCAUGCAAUGGAUUGUUGUGUUUGUAUGAUCUUCGUCAAUGUUAUGUCGUAUUGUGGAACCCUUGUUUGAAUUUGAAAUCCAAAAGAUCUCCAACCACUAUGAAUCUUUAUGGUGACUUUGAGAAUAUCUCAUAUCAUGGUUUUGGUUAUGAUCAAGAAAAUGACAAGUACAAGGUACUACUAACUGUGUACAAUUUUAUGAAAUAUGGUAAAAGUGUGGCCCUAAUUUUUACAUCUGGUGCAAAAUCUUGGAAAAAGAUUAAGAAUUUACCUUGCGAUCUUGAUAAUUUUCGUUUUGAUGCGUGCUCCGGGAGAUUUGUGAGUGGCACUUUGAAUUGGAUUGUUAAAAAAUAUAUUAAUUCUGAUGAAGAGGCGAUUAUUUCCUUUGAUGUUAAGAAUGAGACUUAUGGGGAAGUGUUGCUGCCUCAACUUGAUGGUGACAACAUAAGUAAUCUUAUGUUGGAUGUUGUGAGUAAUUGCCUUUGUCUGUGUUUUGACUAUAAAGAAACUGAAUCAGUUGUGUGGGUGAUGAAAGAGUAUGGAGUUGCUGAGUCAUGGACUAAAUUGAUUAUCAUCCCUCAUAUGACUUUUACAUCAAGGCGUCGGUGGAAUGUUACUAUGUGGCCUAUUUUUAUUGACACAUCGUUCCCUUCAGAAAUUGGUGCUGUGUUGGUGAAUACUAUGCGUUCGAAACUUGUCUUGUAUAACAUUUGUAAAGAUAGGACGCGUCAUCCUAAAAUUUCUAGCAUGAUUCUAAUUGAUGAACUACAAAUUUACCAUGAGAGUCUGAUAACACCGCGAUGGUAAAUCACAUUUAUGGAGUCUUCCAAGCUUUGCUUACAAGAUGGCUUUUGAUUAAAGCAACUUUACCUUUUGCUUCAGGACUUUUUUGGGGCUGUACUUGAGCAACAUAGAAUAUGUAGUGUGACUUGUUUUGGUGAAGCCUCCUGCACCCUUGCCAUCUUUCUUUUAUUAUUUUCAGGAAGCAUUUUUAUGUUAUGUUGGAUAUUACUUGUAUUGUUACAUGCAAAAACAGUAAAUCAAUGUUGUAACAGGCUCAAAUUAAUUUCAUUGCAAAUAAUUUUAUUUGAUGUUCAAGAGAACUACAGUUGCAAAUAAUAAUGUUUCUCAGUUCUUCUCAA